AGGGAGGUUCUGUGUUUUUGCGCGUUUACUUUCCGAUACGAUAUGUGUUUUCCCCUAUGUGGUGUCAUGCAGAAGUGCAUUGUUCUUUGCCUCUGCACCCCUCCUUGCAUUCCUUGGUUCUGCGAGGUGAUAUAACCAGCGGGGAUCUCACCAGCUUCCCCCAUGUUUGAUCCCCCACCACACCUUCGGGAAUAUCUACACUGAUAUCAAGCAAUCGAUACAUACCUAAGUAUCUAGCCUCGUGAACAUUUAACUUAUCAGUCAGGUUUGAGGAGUUCACGAGCGUCCUCACGAUGGAAGGCAACCUGCCGAAGCAGCAGUGUCACCCGGUAACUACUGCGAUCGAGAAAGAUGAUCUCGUAAUCCCUAUCAUCGACUUCGGACCCUUCCUGCACGGCACCCCCGCCGACAAACACGAAGUCGCCAUGUCGGUCGUGCACGCCUUCAAGACCUCCGGGUUUCUCUAUCUCAGCAAUCACGGAGUCCCGCCAUCCGUGGUCAGCCAUGUCUUUAGCUCCUCCGCUCGGUUCUUCGCCCGGCCCCAGGAUCAGAAAGACAGCUUGUGCUGGACGACCCCACAGGCGAACCGCGGGUACGUGAAGACCGGGCAAGAGAAGCUAAGCACAGUCGAUGACGUCUCGGCGGCGGACCCUCGAACCCUCGUCCCGGACCUCAAGGAGACGAUGGAGAUCGGCCGAGAAGGCGUGGAGGGCCUCCCCAACCGCUGGCCCGAGCAUCUUGACGCCGAGGGCCAGGAGUUCAAGGCGGUGAUGCUGUCGUUCUUCCAGAUGUGCAAAGCCCUGCACACCGAGGUCAUGCGGGCCAUCGCGCUGGGCAUGCACCUGCCGGAGCACUAUUUCGACUCGUUCGUCGACGCCGGCGACAACAACCUCCGCCUGCUGCAUUAUCCGGCCGUGGAUAAGAGCGUCUUCAGGAAUAACCCCCUGCAGGUGCGCGCGGGGGAGCACAGCGACUACGGCUCCAUCACCCUGCUCUUCCAGGAUGGUCGCGGCGGCCUCCAGGUCCGCAGCCCCAAGGGCACCUUCGUCGACGCGACCCCGAUCGCGGAUACCGUGGUCGUCAACGCGGGUGACCUGCUGGCGCGCUGGUCCAAUGAUACUAUCAAGAGCACGCGGCAUCGGGUUGUUGAACCGCCAAAAGUCGCGGGCGCCGAGGAGGACGAUUCCGAGGUGUAUCCGGACCGGUACAGCAUCGCGUAUUUUUGCAACCCGAAUAAUGACCAAAUGAUCGAGGCCAUCCCGGGAACCUACGGAGAGGAUAUCCGCCCGCUUAAGUACCCUGGGAUCACGGCCGGAGACUAUCUAGUACAGCGGCUCACCGCAACCUACUGAUUUCAUCAUGAUGACCUGGCGUCGGAAUGUGCUUGGGGUGGGGGUUUUGCGCAGUUCUAGUUUGACAACGUAACACCGUACAGCAAUGAUAAAUAUAG